CUCUCUCCCUCUCUAAGGCUGAGCUGGGGCACAUGCUCUGCUCGCUGUGUUUAACAAGGGGGAACCCACAGCUAGCAAAACCUGUGCAUCCCCCAGUAGAGACGAGGGGAAGAGAGACGGGGGACACCCUCCUUCAAUACAGCAUAAGAAACAGUAAGCGGAAUGCCGCAGAGAGCUGAAGAAACCAGCACUGAAUCAGCUUUGCUACAGCAUCAGGACCAGAUCUUGGGAGAUGAGGCCUGAUCAGUGUAUCUGCUUCCGUCUACCUGGGAGGGGAGAGGAACAGAUACAGAAUAGAACAGAUUCUUCGUUCCCACACGGCAUGGUUGGUAAUUCAAGUCAGUCUUCUUCCCAUCCUUUCCUGUGUGGUGCCUGAUCUCGGAGAAAAAAAAAAAGACGAGAGAUUUGGUUUUUGGUGGCCUGGUGAAGAACGUUUGGAAAUAGAAUGUUGGUUGAUACCUUGGAUUCCUGGGGGAUAUUUAGAUGCUUUCUUACUUACAAGGAAUGACAGAAUACCAGAGGAGGAGAGAAGGAUUACCCAAAGUGAUUAUGAGGUAUUAUGAGCCUUUAAUACGAGACCAGCAUCAUCUAAUUUCUCGAUUCAUGUAAGCAUCUGGCAUCCCUACGUACUGAAUCCCACUUUUGAAUCUGCAUCUGAAACCCCCUCCAAAACCCAGACUCAACCAAAGCAAGUUUGUCUGCGAGACAGGAUAAGAUUUGGAAGCCCUCGUCAAAGAGGGCUAAAGAGUUUUGUGAGAAGGUGUGUGACAGUGAGCAGGGAGGGGGUGCAGGGGCAGAGGGGUUGCAAGCGUUAAGAUGCAGAGCUCCCCCCAGAGGAGAGAAGCUGCAGAGGAGGCUGGAGGCCUCUCUCUGAAUCAUGUGCUCUCGGGGAGUGGGAAGGACCACGGAACAGGGGGGACGAAGUUCCAAAGCUGGGGAGAGGGAGAGAAUCCGAAGCAGAGUUCGGGCCGUCAUCAGUCAACUAGAAGGGAUUUUGCGGGAUCUCAAAGAAGUGGCCAAAGAAUUAAGAGAGGUGGUGGAGCAGAUAGACAGACUCACUUCGGACUUUGAGUUUGAGUUGGAUGCAGAUGACUGGACCCCUGGAACUGUUAGCAGCACAUCUAGCAGUGAGAAGGGGGGUCCUCUCUGUGACCUGGGACCCCUGGACUUCCUCAGUUCUGAUAGUUGGGAAUUCUGUUCCUUCCUUGAAGCCUCCACCCCAUCCGACUCUGGAGAUGGCUCAGACCGCCCUUCAGACUUCAGGUUGCUCAAUGGGAGUGCCACCCCCAAUGGACCAGAUUCCUCCAGUGAAGAAACCCCUAUUCCCCCAGAGAAACCCCCACCAACAAGGAACCCUGGAUCAAGGGACAGGGUGAGGUUCAGUGACAAAGUCCUGUACCAUGCCCUGUGCUGUGAUGAUAGUGAAGAUCCUCCAUUUCCCCAGGACACUCUACGUGAUGCUCCAAGACCUGCAGCCCCUAGUGCAGUUUUGAAGAACAAGCAAGGAGGACUAACUGGAGUCCGUAAAGGGACAAGGAACUGCAGUACCCAAACUGUGUGCGACAAAAGCACCCAGACUGUGCUACCAUAUGUGCCAAAAAAAGGAAAAGAUAAGCACUGAGUAAAAAGAGAGUAUAUCAUGGGCAUAGAUUGAAAACACGGCAAAAAUGUAUGAGAUGGUGGGAGUAGAAGGAGUGUCAAUUGAGCAAAAUGACAAUAAGUCAAGGUAGCAACAACAACAACAAAAAAAUAAUAGAAAUCCAUCUGUGUUGAUAGUUUGAAUGAAUAGAUUGAAUGAGCGUGUGAAACAGAACAGAGCGACCGUAAUAGUAGAGCAAGUAAUUAAUUAAUGCAGUGUGAAUUAUAUUCACUCUAACUUAUUAUAUAAUAUGGGCAAUAUAUGGUGCACUUUUUAAUCUUUCUUAUGAACUAUGGGGGUAAGGGGCAGCAGAGCGUGGACCCUCAUACCCCAUAUUAUGACCUCACAACCCCUGCUGUGACCUCACAUUUUUCUUUACCCUGCGCAAGCAAAAUCUUCACCUCACAUCUAUAUUAUUAAAGAGAACAAAAGCAACAAUGUAUUCUAAGUAUGGUCAUAUGUCACAGAUCUCACACAUCCACCCAUACAGCUAUCAAAGGUGGAGAUUUCAGGAAUAAAGCCACUGUACUGUGAUCCUGUACAAAAAGAUCUGAUACAUUUAUUGCUGAUCCAGCAUUAAAAAGUCCGAGCAUUGUUUGUAUGACGCUGUAUGAUCCAGUCAUGCACCAACGCAUUGAAAGGAACACAGUGAGCAGGUUUUAUCCCUUAGGCUCGAGUCUUCCUGCUGGACAACUGCUUCGGUUCUGACCAA